UGAUGUUGGAGCUCGGGUCAAAAUGUUAACGGAAUAUAAAUAGUACGUAUCUGUUGUUAGUCUGCAUCGCAUCGGGGAAUAUUUAUCGACGAGAACAAAGAAAGAAAAAUCACAAGCGCUUUUAGUCCAGUUUUCAACGACAAGUAUACUCUUUUCAUAAAUUUCAAUCCUCUGCUAAAUAAUGCAGAUGAAGGACAAGAGGGCCAUCAUCGUCGGUGCAUCCAAUGGCUUAGGGAUGAUCUUUAGCAAGGAGCUAUUGCGCAAUGGUGUGGCGCGGGUUAUAAUAUUCGACUUGAAUGAAGCAGUUGGCAAAUUGCAAGCAAAUAAACUUAAUGAAGAAUUCGGCCGUGAUCGAAUGAUUUUUAUCAAAUGCGAUAUAACAAAAAGUUCCGAAUUUGAUGUGAUAUUUAAAGAAGCUAUAAAUAUUCUUGGCGGGCUAGAUAUUAUUAUCAAUAAUUCAGGUACGAUAAAUGAAGUAAAUUUUCAUCGAGCAAUAGACAAUAAUGUUACUGCUGUAUUCCGAUCAAACAUGAUGAGUGUACAGCAGAUGGGUAAGGAUUUUGGUGGCAAAGGCGGCGUCAUUGUAAAUGUCGCGUCAGUUCUCGGUCUCGAAGCCUUUCCCCAACUUCCCAUUUACUCGGCUACUAAUCACGCAGUUAUCGCAUUUAGCCGAUCUUACUCGCUACCUUAUCAUUAUCAGAGGACGGGAGUAAGAAUAAUCGUCCUUUGUCAAGGCUUGACCGAAUCUUCUAUGCUGGAAAAUUUGAAGAAAAACGAAUUUAUUCCCAGGCCAGACGAUCUUUCAGAAAUUAUAAAAGAUAUUCAUCCGCAAAGGGCAGAAAGUGCUGCACAUGCACUAGUAUACGUAAUAAGAUGUGCACAAAAUGGAAGUAUAUGGAUUACGGAGGAUGGAAAACCUGUUUAUGAAAUUCAAAUGUACAAUACAUUACCAACGAAAUAAAUUUUCGAAACAGCAUCGAAGUAAAAGUUUAAGGAAUCCUCUUAAUAACUUUAGUCAUAUAAAUGUUUCGAAUAAAGAAUUCAAGUAAAAAUAAAUUUGAUACAAGUAUAU